CCGCGGAGACCGGAAGAGAACCCUCUCUCCCUGAAGAAGUCCUCUGACAAGAGGAGCAAAAGAGAGAGAGAGAGAGAGAGAGAGAGAGAGAGAGAGAGAGAGAGAGCUAAAAAGAGGGAGCUAGAGAGAGAGAGAGAGAGAGAGAGAGAAAGAGUGACAGUAAACAUACUUGCAGAAAACAUACGUCGUUCUAAUCGAGAGUGUCACCGCCUGUGCAAGCGCGGAAGUGCGUUACAGAUUAUCACGAGUAAAACCGACAACAAGCAUCGUUCGUCGCGUGAGGACACGUGCUGCGCGAUCUAAGUGUCUUCUUCUCUCCAAACGUCCCGCCAGAUCAACUCGUUUGGCUCUCCUAUUGUCACUUGUAAUCGGAGCGAUUUUUCAAUGUGAACCCUUUCGGACGAGAGCCUCGUCGUAUUGUCAUCUAUGACUUUUUGCAAGUGACAUAUUUGAGGAUACUACUCGUGUGACACGUGUGUUUAUUUGCCGUUGUUUUUGUCUGCGCACGUGUUUUCUCAAGACGUCUAAGAGAGAGAGAAAAGAUCCGAGAAAAGAAAGUCUGAAAGACUUUUGACAGUUCCAGCUUGCGUGUCAAGAUUUAACGCUGUCUUUCGAAAGUUUAGUUUGGUUUUCUCCGAUGAUUGACGCUUGUCAACGAAGAAGAGAGAUAUAAGGAAGUGAGAAAGGAGCAGUGGAGAAAAAAAAAAGAAAAAAAAGGGACAAGAAGAGAAAAUUGAGGAAGAGGAAGAGAAGAGGAAGAAGAAGCGAAAGAAGCCUCGAAGCGAAGACCAGGACUCGCCGCACGCUCGCCGCUUACGUAUCAGCAAGAGCGGGCUGUGUUGUGUAAGAGCUGAAAGUAAAAGUUGAAACCGCCGUGACUUGAGCUCGCGGGAGCGCGUGCUGCGCGCGCUAAAAUCCGAUCCUGCCUCCCGUAAGCUACGGGCAUAGCCGAAUAUCUCUCGCCUCUCUCUUUCCGGCCGUCUUUCUCCGGACUUUUGUGUGUUCUUUCUCCCAAAGAUAAACAGAAAAAAAAGAGACAGUAAGAACGAGAGAGAGAGAGAGAGAGAGAGAGAAAGAGUGCGCGCGCGCGUGUGUGUGGUAUUUGUGUGUUUUUGCGCGCUCGGAUUCGCAUAAUCACGAACGCCUCUUCGACGCCCUUGACGAGAAACGCCGCGGAGGACGUGGAGGAUCUAUCCGUGGAAGUCGGAGAGGGCGUGCUAGGGAAAGAACGCGGAGAAGAGAGAAGAGGGACGGCGCUCUCCGUUUAUUGCGUAACAACGUUUUCUAGUCCGCUGCUUCGCGAAAUACGCUCACGCGGUAUUUUGCUCGCGCGCUCGCUCGAGGAGGAGGUGUAUUAUCUGCGCGCAUAGUGUUGACGUGACGUGGUGGUUUCCCGUCGUUGUCGUCAUCGUCGUCAUCGUCGUCGUCGUCGUCGUCGUCGUCGUCGUGGUUGAAAAGGCGAGUUCUAUACGCGUGGUAACAGCCGCUAGAACGAGCGAUGGAAAGUAAUCGCGCGUUUCACUCGGUUCAACGCGAAACGCGAGUGUUCAAGGUCACCAUCCCUGGCAUAUCCCACCGGUAAUCCCUCCAUUUCCGGAGUUACUAGAGAGCGGUCAUUAUCAUCGUCAUCAUCAUCAUUAUCAUCAUUAUCGUCAUUAUCGUCGUUGUCAUCAUCAACUGGGUAGCACAACUGCGGUGGAAGGACUCGACGCGGUAUUCGCGUGCGAAUUUAACUUGUCUCUCUCUCUCUUUCUCUCUCGGUUCGCGAUCGACGGCCCGCUCGCUUUUACCUCGCCGCCUCGUCCGGGCGCAAGAAGUUUCGCAAAAGGGAUUACAACACGCAGAAGAGAAAGGAGACAAACAGACGGAAAGGGAGACGCGAAAGGGAAAAGGACAGCGAAGAAAGAGAGAGACAGACCAAGACGGAGAGGGAGACAAGGGGCAAGAGGAGGAGGAAGAAGAGGAGGAGGAGGAGAAGGAGAGGAACAUACCGCGACACGACACCCGUGUGCGGAAAAACCGCAGGAGGAGGAUACGGAUCUCUCGCGCGGAGGACGGGAAUCCUCGCGAACGUCGCGUGGUUCGACGACGAGGACGAGGAAGGCCGGAGGAAGUCGAGGACUCGCUCUCGGAACGAGGAGAAAGAGGCGGAGGGCAGACAGACCGUGUAGGACGGGUCUGAAAGACGAUCCGGAUGUGGCGAGAGCCGUUCGCUUUCCGCUCUACCGCACCUCUCUUGAUUCUUACCGACAUUGAAUUCGCGGAGAAGAGUCUCAUCAUCGUAGUCGUCAUCAUCGUUGACGUCGAUAUCGCUGUCGCGCGAAAAAUUUGUUAAUUCGCGAUAAAGGUGCUGGUUGGAAAACAGCCACUACGGGGGGACACACGGCCAAGCGGAAUUAAAAGCGUGUUUAAAAAGGUUAGCGGGAUAAAAAAGGCGCGCGCGCGAAAGGAUAAGAGAAAGGAAUAGGAGCCACCUCCGAGUCCUUGAGAGUACCCAACGGGUAAAAGUGCCGCGCGCAGAGAGCCAGCCGGUUGACCCUGGACAGUCAACGGAGCAGACUUCGCGAAAAAACUUCUUCCCGUCAUCAUCGUCGUAGUCGUCGCCCUUCUUCGUCAUUAUCGCGGAAAGAUCGUCGGCGAAUCUCUGUACGUCGAGGACCCGCCUUUUAUAUACGAAGUGUACGUGCGACAGGGAAAACCACGUGCGUGUGACAUCGCGCGAGCGCGCCUUCAAAAGAACGGAACGCGAUGACAAGGAUUGGGAGAAACAGCUGAAACCGAUGAAAAUUCGCCGAUCUCAUCCAACCGGCUUUUGAAAUUGAUUUUCGUUCAAUUUUUCGUCGAAGAACGCGUACCCACACCAAGUGUGAAGUGUGAUACAUAAAGUGUCGCCCAUUUUUCUCCACAAUCCAUAUUGGAGUACCUUUCGUGUUUGAGUUUAUCUUUCGUUCGACGUCUACUGAUCUGUUUCUCACGUGCUCUCAGUGGGUGACCCAUGCCGUGGAAUAUCAAUGUACGUCACGUGUCCACAGCGUCGUUCACGUUGCCGCUGUCACAGGAUCUCGGCUCCUCGUCGCCGGCUCGCAAGGAGGAUGCCACGUUCGACGUGACAAUCCCAAAGGAUACAUAUAUACAUAAAUAACGCGUCGCGUUACUUAUCCUGGAUACUAUCGCCGAUCGCACAUUGUGGAUAGCAGCAGAAAAAGCGUAAGACGAUGUAUACUGACGGUCUCCUGACCCUCCACUAUGGAAAACAUCCAGCGACCUUGGCCGCAGAGGUCGGGGCCUGGUACAGCGGGGACCGUCACGUGGACGUGACUCUGGCAUGCGACGAUGGGUCCAUCGUGAAGGCCCAUCGCGUCGUUUUGGCAGCAGCGAGUCCCCUCUUAGCUAGUUUACUACGGAAUCCUGUACUGGAUCAUGUGGUUCAUUUAUCUGGUGUCCGAAAGACUCAAUUGAAUCAUUUGUUGGAGUUUUUGUAUAACGGAGAAGCGCUGAUACCGUCGACAGAGCUUACACCGUUGAAGGAACUUUUCGAGCUUCUUCAAAUUAAUUCGGAGUUAUUUGGGCCCAAUCAACCUCAAACUUCUAGUAAUUCUGAUCCCGAAAGGAUAUCGACUCCGCAGCCUUCAGAAGGCCAAGAGAGUUCCAGUUAUGAAUCCCAAUAUGAUAGCAGACAGUCCAAUAAUCUCGCGGACUGUUGCUCUGUUCUUAUUAAAACGGAAGGCUGCGAAGAGGAGCCGGAAGUGGAUGUGGAGGGUGUGGAAGGCGAGAGUCUUCUUACGGAUAACAGAGAGAGCAAUAUGGAAACUCCUAGAAGGAGGGACAGCUCCGAUCCUGUUAAUUUGAGUCUCAAUUCCGGCGCUUCGGUUACGAGCGACAGCUCGCACGAUAUACAUAGGCCUGAGAAGCAAAUAUUCGAAAGGCGAGAAUCUCUCGAGGAAGCUGAAGAGAGGAAGCGACAGCUGGUGACGCGGCUAGCGUUAGGUUUAGAACCCGGCAAGAGGAAACCCGAAGAGAUACCGAUCCCACCUGCGGAGGCGUACGUCGUGACACCUCAUCGCAAGCGAAGGCCAGGCUUCCACAACGCUCCCGCGCAAAAUCCUGCCUUCGUACCCUUCAAUCCUGGAUUCGAAACGCCCAGGAGAUUGCAGGCGCCACAUCAGCUAAGCGUUUCGGCACCACCGUACCUGCAGGAUAGAUCGGCGACAUCGCCGUCGCAUCGACCGCCGAGUGCCGAUCCGGCGUCGGCGGCGGCUCUGGAGCCACCCUGGGGCACCUGGACCCUGCCACCAGCCCGAGCACCACCGCCGCCGCCGUCGACGGACGAUCCGCCCAAGUCUACUCCCGUGCGUGAAUACCGGUGUAGCUACUGCGGCAAGCAGUUCGGUAUGUCGUGGAAUCUGAAGACUCACCUACGAGUGCACACGGGCGAGAAACCAUUCGCAUGUAGACUCUGCGUUGCCAUGUUCAAGCAGAAAGCGCAUCUGCUUAAGCAUCUCUGCUCGGUGCACCGUGGCGUGAUAGCCGCCCCCGACAAUACGUUCUCGUGCUGCUUCUGCUCGUCGUCCAACUUCGUCAAUCUCCAGGACCUCAUCAGGCAUCUUUCGGGCCCGCACAACAAUCUGCUACUUAGCAGAAAUCUGCAUCGCGAGUACAAUCACGAAUAGCGACAAGAUCAAAGGCCAUCCGGUGCUGAGGAGUGCUCCUCGAGCGCGUAAUAACGGGUCCUUGGAGCAAGCUUUCUGAUGCUCCUAGGAUUUCGUUAAGACGAUUGAGACACUCGACUGUUAUUGGAUACUGUUAUGAAUUCGAAAGUUCAAAAACGCACAAAUUUUUUUCUCUAAAAAUAAUGCUUGCCGUUGUCUUAACGAAGAAAUGAAAGAAGAAUAUACCAGGUGUUACAAAUUCCUUAAAGUCAACUAAUCUUUGACGUACUCGAAUGCAUCAUUUAUAGAUAUUCGUACAUCGUGAUCCUUAAUUAUUCAAAGAAAUAAUAAUAUAUUUUUUUUAUCUACAUAUCUAGAUGUACACGUGUUUUACAUUAACAUUAAUAUUAAUCGAUAUAUCGUAGAAAAAAGAAAGGAAGAAAAUAAAUUUAUUUAAAGAUAUGCUGUUAAUAAUAAAUUUCUACUAGAAAGCUAUAUAUAUAUAUAUUAUAAUAAAUAGUAUUGUGAAUUUUUUUUUACAUGUAAUUCAUUACAUAAAAUUAUCAAAUUUUUUUUGAGAAAUAUUAAUGUUGCGUGAAUAAAUAUUUAAAUAUUCAUUUUUUGAGGCAAUAAAGAGGAUGCUGUCUAUUCAAAUAAUUAAUACUCAUGAUAUACAAAUAUCUGCAUACGCGCACGCUUUAAGUAUGUCAAAUACUAGUGCAAUCUCUUAAGAUGUAAUUACAGGAUAUCUGGUAUAAUUCUUUUCGAUUCAGCUAAAUUUGCAUACAAUAUUCUAAUAUUUAUGUAAUAUUUAAAGACGUAGAUAAAAAAAUGUCGAUAAAAAAAGAUAGAUUUUCUUCGAAGAUGAACGGCACGCAGCACCGGAGAAGCGCCUUUGUAAGAAUAACAAAAAUAAAAAUAAAAAUUUUUAAUGAAAAAUCUUGAUACUAUAAGAUCGCUAGUUGCGAUUUUUCAGAAUGUAUCUCAUCAUUACGCGUAAGCGAUAAGUUUUGAUAAGACAACUUGUUAACGAUCGACGUCGUUCGUAUAUAUGUAUAUCGUACACGAUCGUCGAACAUAAUCUGAAAAAAGUACAAGGACGAUAAUGAACGAACACAGAGAGUCAAUUAUUAUCGCGCGCGCCACAAAUCUUGACGAGCCUGUAGGAAUGAAGCGCAGUCUCUUUGUCGCGUCUUGUUUGUUGUUAUUUUAUUUUAAUCGCGGCACGUGGCAUCCGGAAAGACGUCCCACGUUUACCUCAGCCCACGUGCAACACUAAUCUCACGAUGUAAAUAAUGUUAAAUAGAAACGAGCGAGAAAAAGAGAGACGGACUAGAAUUUAUUUAUUUCACACUUAUCGCAAAGGGACCAACCGACUUUCCACCGAUUUCUGUCUUAGGUAGAUCUUAGGUGUCCUGCCCGCCAAUCGCCUUCAACUAAUCGCUCGUAGUUAGUUACUAUACGGUUUCGAUCGCGAACACACACGAAAGGAUCUUGUCGGGAUGUUGAAACGGUAUAAGGAGAAAUGAGAAAUCACGAAACGAAGGGGAAAACACGACAUGGGAAGAAAAUAUUAUCGGCGAAAACGACGGCGGAAGACACGUUUACGAUAUUUAUAAACUAUUAAUGCAAUUUAUUGUAAUAUCUAGUAAACGUCGACGUUGUGUUAAUACUCUGUCUUCUAAAAUCCCGUCUUCCAUAUCGUCGCUCUUUUUUUUUUUCAUAUCCUCUUCGUCCUGAUAUCCCAUUCAUGCUUCUAUUCUUCGGUAUGUAACUCAGCGACUCGAGUGCCUUGUCAAAUGGGUCCAAAUUGGUCGAUUGGGCAGUGAUUUCAUGUGUUCAUAGUCUUAAGAGACAUAAGCGUUUAAGAUGACGAUAUCGAGCUCGCUUAGGAAAUGGAAAAAUGUUUAUGAGUUCACGUACAAGAUUAUAAGAUUUAUUCAAAUUAAUUCAACUUUUUAUUAAGGCUAGUUAGAUCGUUAUAAGUAGCUUUCUUGUCUUUAUAAUUUCAUUUCUGUUUGACGCAGGACGUCACGUUCUUUUUUCUUUCUUUUCUCUAGAUAGGCAUUAUAUAUUACCUAAGGUGCCUCGAAGAAGGACCUCAACCUCUUUUUUGCUCCUUAACAAUUUUUAAAACCACUUCGAACAUGCUCGAAAAUGUGACUUUAAAGUGUGACGAAAAAAAAUGAAUUGAUUGAUUGACGAGAGAGAUACAUAUAUCUGAAAACUUAUUAUUUUCAAUGUGAAUACAUACAUUCCAAUGUAUACAUACAUAUGCAAAGUUGCCGAAAGUAUAAAAAUUACUUUAACGCGCCAAUUAAUCGAAUAAUUGUAAGGAGUCAGAAAUGCAAAAUAAGCAAGAUAAUAAGAUAUGUUUAUUAUACGGACUAUAAAAAUUAAGGUUCUAGCAAAGUGUAACUUCGAUACAAUCACACCAAAGACAUUUUCAAUAAAAAUUGUCAAAUAAGAUUAAUUACACAGCAAAUGCAAUUUUAGUUUUUAAAGAAAUACGAAGAAAUUUUGGACAACAAGAUUUGUGUACAUAAGUUUUAGAAUUGCGCGCACAAUUGUACUUGAAAAAUAUUUCAAUUUUAAUAUAUACUUAACUGCAUAACAUAAAUAUGUUAUCUGAUUACAACGCGGAAAUAAAUAAAGCGACUACAUAAAAACUUUUAAUACUGAUGUACGCUGACAGUAAAUUUAUCUCAUCCGAGUUCUGUGGUAAUAGAAUUAUUCUGUAUAAAUAAAAAUUAUACAAAGACGUAAAUUCUUCUCUCUAUCUCAAAGUGUCUUUGUAUCUAUCAAAUUAUGAAACGAAGCGUGGAGAAAUCAUCGCGAUCAAAAUUGCUGUUUAUUCUCGUAAUUGCAAUCUCUCGGGGUGGAGACUAAUCGAUCGGUAUAUUUUCUUUGUUCUACUUUUUUUCACGAUGUUCUUAUCGUGACGAAGAAGCGUACAUCGUAACGGAGCAGAAAGGGAGGUUAGAGGGGUGGUGUGCGCUCUCGCAAAGCCAGGCAGACAAUGGCCAGCACAAAACACAGUGAACGUAAUGUGAUACUAAAUGAUAAUAAAGCUAAAGUAAUUAUUGUUUAGCGCGCGACGCCGCGGCGUUCUCGUGAUCGACAGGCGCGACGACCCGUCGUCGGCUCUCGAUGUGUGACCACAGAAAGAAUCUUUGCAAUCGCGAAGGCGGGAGGAAACCGAUCGAGGAAUGAUCUUGCGAGUCGCCUAUAAUAAUUAGAUAAGCACGAUCGGCUUUGUCUCACCGUUUCCCUUUAUCCCUCCCUCCCCGCCCCCUCCUUCUUAUCGCGCGUUCCCGACAUUCAGUCGUUCCCUCUUCUCGAGCCGUAUAAACGCACUAGGAUUACGCAUUAUAGAUUAUUUUAUUGUUAAUUAAUUAUGGUUAUAGCGCGCCCACACCCAGAUGUCUCUCUCGGGACUGUGUCCAUAUCGGCGAGGAAAAAAAAAAAAAGAAAGAAAGAUAAAGAUAUCGAAUUUCGCUUUUGACAGUGGAUCGGAAAUGUAGAGGAAGAGGAUAUUUAGGAUAAUUUAAUGCCAAACCGAUCGAGUUAAUAAAUUGAAUGAUUUAGGAACUGAUAAAAGUUUAAGGAUGUAUGAUUGGCAUAUAAAUUUGUAAAAAUAGCGAAAAAUGUUCAUUUGCUAUGAUUCUCUUUAUCACUGUUUUGCGAAGAUACCGUUUUCUUUUCCUCAUCUCGGACAUCCGGGUGAAAUUUUGUAGAUUUUAAGCAUCUUUCAAGCGAAGCGUGAGCUUCGUGUGCUUUCUUAGUGUUCAUAGAUUUACGAAAAAUAAAUUAAUUCAGAUGGAAAAACUAUGUACGACAAGAUAAAAGAAAGCGAGCGUAAUCGAACUAGUA